AUGUCAAAGGAAGAUGAGAAGGUCAUUCCCGUACGUGUUGCCCUACGGUGCCGACCCCUGGUGCCCAAGGAAAUCAACGAAGGCUGCCAGAGUUGCCUCACGUUCGUCCCGGGAGAGCCUCAGGUCGUUGUUGGCAAUGAUAAGGCAUUCACAUACGAUUAUGUUUUCGACCCAAUGACUGAACAAGAAGAGGUCUUCAACACGGCUGUUUCACCGUUAUUGUCUGGGCUGCUGAAAGGUUACAAUGCCACUGUGCUGGCUUAUGGACAGACCGGCUCGGGAAAGACCUUUUCAAUGGGAGGGACCUACACGUCUGCCCAGGAGAACGACCCAACCGUCGGGGUCAUUCCUAGAGUUAUCAAGAGAAUCUUCCAGGAGAAAGACAAGAGAACAGACUGUCAGUGUGCUUUGGCUGUGUCGUACCUGGAGAUAUAUAAUGAGGAAAUCCUGGACCUGCUGUGCAGCUCCAAGGACAAGCCAGCCAUCAGCAUUCGAGAGGAUCCUAAGGAGGGCAUUAAGAUCGUUGGCCUGAUGGAGAAGGAGGUGUUUAGUGCCCAGCAGAUGGUGGGGUGCCUGGAGGUGGGGAACACCGCCCGCACGGUGGGCUCAACCGCCAUGAACGCCGCGUCGUCCCGCUCCCACGCCAUCUUCACCAUCACCUUUGAGCAGCGGGCCGGCGGAGACAAGGGCGACUCCAUGGUCUCCAAACUCCACCUGGUGGACCUGGCUGGCUCUGAGAGACAGAAGAAAACGAAGGCGGAGGGAGAACGGCUGAAAGAAGGGAUCAGCAUCAACCGAGGUCUGCUGUCACUGGGCAAUGUGAUCAGCGCCCUGGGUGACGAAAGCAAGAAGGGGACCUUUGUGCCGUACAGGGACUCGAAGCUGACCCGCCUACUGCAGGAUUCUCUGGGAGGAAACAGCCACACCUUAAUGAUCGCCUGCGUCAGCCCGGCGGACUCCAACAUCGAGGAGACCAUCAACACGCUGCGCUACGCGGACCGGGCCCGCAAAAUCAAAAACAAGCCCAUCGUCAACGUGGACCCACGUUCGGCUGAGAUGAAGCGCUUGAAGCAGCAGGUCCAGGAGCUUCAGGUGUUGCUGCUACACGCAAGGGGGGGCGUGGCUCCGGUGCUCUCUGGAUCUGAGCCUGCUGAAAAUGUGUCGAAGAUCUUGGAGAGGAACCGCUGUCUGCAGGACGAGAACAACAAGCUGAGCCGGGAGCUGAGUGAGGCUGUGGGCCAGACUGCCCAGAUGUUCGAGAGGGUGCUCAUGACCGAACAAGCCAAUGAGAAGCUUCAAAGUAAACUGGAGGAACUGAAGCAGCACGCGGCUUGUAAGGUUGACCUGCAGAGGGUGGUAGAGACCCUGGAGGACCAGGAGCUGAAAGAAAAUGUGGAGGUGAUCCGCAAUCUGCAGCAAGUCAUCGUGCACCUGCAGGACGAGAGUGCCGGGAUAGCGGCCUCUAUAGAGGCGAUGGCCGUGCAGGAGUGCCACACUCCAGGCUCGCACAGAGAGCGCGGUGUCUCCACAGAGACAGGAAACGGGACCCCCACGGAGGAUUCGGGCGACAGCGGCGCGGCGGCGGGCAAAUGCUCCCCGGAGGCCUUCGCUACCCAGCAUGCCCUGCGGCAGGCGCAGAUGUCUAAGGAGCUGAUCGAGCUCAACAAAGUCCUGGCUCUGAAGGAGGCCUUUGUCAAGAAAAUGUGCCAGAACGACAGCCAUCUGGAGCCCAUGCAGACCGAGCACCAGGAGAACAUCAAGAGCCUGCAGGGCGCCGUCUCAUCUCUCCAGAAGGAAAAGGAGGACCUCAUCCUGGCUCUCCACUCAGCAAAGAAAGACACCAAUCAGGCCAAGCUGAGCGAACAGCGCAGGAAGAGGCUGCAGGAGCUGGAGGGCCAGAUCACCGAGCUGAAGAAGAAGCUGCAGGAGCAGGCCAAGCUGCUCAAGCUCAAGGAGACGUCCGUGCGCAACGUGGCCAAGCUCAACCAGGAGAUCCAGGCUAUGAAGUCACAGCGUGUGCAGCUGAUGAAGCAGAUGAAGGAGGACUCGGAGAAGUUCCGCCAGUGGAAACAGAAAAAGGACAAGGAGGUGUUACAGCUCAAGGAGAAGGACCGCAAGCGUCAGUAUGAGAUGGUAAAGCUGGAGAGAGACUUUGAGAAACAGGCCAACGUCCUACGGCGUAAAACGGAAGAGGCGGCGGCGGCGAACAAGCGUCUGAAGGAUGCCCUGAUGAAGAGGAACGAGGCAGCCGAAAAGCGCAAAGAGACUCAGAACCGGGGGAUGGAGGGCGCUGCUAGCAGAGUGAAGAGCUGGCUGCAGAGCGAGGUGGAGGUGCUGGUGAGCACGGAGGAGGCGCGGCGCCACCUGCAGGACCUGCUGGAGGACAGGAAGAUCCUGGCCGAGGAGAUCUCCCACCUCAAAGAGCGCAUCGAGGCGGGCGAGCGCUCCUCUGCCAAAGUCCGGCGACGCACAUUUACCAUCUCAGAGUUGGAAAACCAGGGGGAGCUGGAGGCCUCCCUGGGGAAGCAGGUGGAGAACCUGGAGACGGAGAUGGGAUUGAGGAGCGCCCAGAUCGCCGACCUGCAGCAGAAGGUGCUGGACGCGGACAACGAGGGGCGGGUGAAGCAGCGCUGGGACAACAUCGCCACCAUCGUGGAGGCCAAGUGCGCCCUCAAGUUCCUCAUGUCGGAGCUGGUGUCGGCGAAGGUGAUGACAGCCAAGCUGGAGAACGACCUGAGGCAGGAGCAGGCGAACUACAGCGACCUGCAGAAGGUGUUGAGUGAUGAGAGGAAGCUCAUGUCCACCAUGGACAUGGAGCACCAGAGCCACCUGGUGGAACUGGAGCAGAGACACCAGGAGAAGGUUCUGUACCUUCUGAGCCAGCUACAGAAUAAGCCUGUGACAGCGGAGGCCGAGGAGAGCGAGAAGGAGGGGGAGACGUCGAAGCGAGAGAGGGAGCUGCUGCAGCGUCUGAAGUUCCAGGAGGAAGAGAUUGAGAAGAUGAAGGAGCUGAGUGAGCAGAAUCAGAGGCUGAUGGAGGAGAAUGAGCAGCACAAGCAGAAAUUUGCAUUGCUUCAGGUGGCCAGCGCAAAGAAAAUGUCAGUUCUGUUACCAGCGUCAAGUCAGUCCCCGGACACAUCCUUCGAGUACAUCCCGCCGAAGCCAAAGGGUCGUCGAUUCACCACGGCCAAAGCGAACAGAUUCACCUCCACCAUCGACGUCGAUGAGCUGGUGUCCCCCUCGGAGUCUGAGGAUGAGGACAAGAUCGAAGAGUGGGUCCCUGAGAAGAACAAAGGGCGCAAAAACACCAGGAAAAGUAAAGCAACGGGGUGUGCCUGCAAGGGGCGCUGUGGCAACAAAAUGUGCCGCUGCCGCAAGGGGAAGGUGGCCUGCGGGGAGAACUGCCACUGCGACCACGAGAAGUGCCGCAACUUGGAGCACCUGCUGUCCAGCGUGGACUCGAGUGAGAUGGAGGAUAGGUCGAAAGAUUCGGUGUUCACCCCUCAGGACCCCACUGCGGUGAGUCCCACGGACUGCACCUUCUUCAAACCCCCCUGCGUCACACCCACCUUGAAGGUGCUGAUGGAGAGCGGGGAAACGGCGCAGCUUCCUCCCGACCUGAAGCUGGAGAGGAAGCCGGGCGCGGCGGAGGACGAUGAGGAGGGGGACGAGGGGGAUGUGAGCAGGAUCAGCUUCUUGAAAAAGAAGAAGCGCAUUCUGACCAACAGCCAGAACAGCUUCUUCUCGGGGUGCACGCCCAUACGGGAGGAGGUCUGA